AAUCCAUCUCAUCUCAUUACCUCUUACUUGAUCUCCAUUAAAAUUAUGAAUCAUCAGAUUAUGAUGAACAUUUUCAAUGUGUCUAUUGCUUUGUAUCUUUGCAUUCUUUUCGUAUUUGUUUCAUCUGAUAGUCCAGGAGCAAUGAGAGAUCUUGUGACAAACUUUCCUGGCCAACCAAAAGUGAGCUUCAGACAUUACGCCGGUUAUGUCACAGUUAAUGAAACAAAUGGGAGGGCUUUGUUUUAUUGGUUCUUCGAAGCUAUGACUCAUCCGAACGUAAAGCCUUUAGUACUGUGGCUUAAUGGAGGUCCUGGAUGUUCUUCUGUGGGAUACGGAGCAACACAAGAGAUUGGUCCAUUUCUUGUUGAUAACAAAGGAAACGAUCUUAAGUUUAAUCCCUACGCAUGGAAUAAAGAGGCCAAUGUUCUCUUUCUUGAAUCUCCGGCUGGUGUUGGGUAUUCAUAUACAAACACAAGUAGUGAUUAUAGAAAACUUGGCGAUGACUUUACAGCGAGAGACUCAUACAUUUUUCUCCAGAAGUGGUUCUUGAGAUUCCCAGCUUACAAAGAAAACAACUUCUUUAUCGCAGGAGAGAGCUAUGCAGGAAAAUAUGUACCCGAGCUUGCAGAGGUUAUUUAUGACAAGAACAAGGAACACAACGACAACUUGUCACUUCACAUUAAUUUAAAGGGGAUUUUGCUUGGAAAUCCAUUGACAUCAUAUGCGGAAGAUUGGACAGGAUGGGUGGAUUAUGCGUGGAGCCACGCAGUGAUAUCAGACGAGACAUAUAGAGUCAUUAAAAGGAGUUGCAAUUUCAGUAGUAACACUAUAUGGGACGUUAAAGAUUGCAAAGACGGCGUAGAUGAAAUACUCAAACAAUACAAAGAGAUCGAUCAAUUCAGCCUCUACACUCCUGUCUGCAUGCACCAUUCAUCAAAGGUUGAUUCCUACGUCAACUCCAAGAUGAUACCAAGGCUGUUCGAUGGAUUUGACCCGUGUUUGGAUGAUUACGCAAAAGUAUUCUACAAUAGAGCUGAUGUUCAAAAGGCUCUUCACGCGACUGAUGGUGUUCAUCUCAAGAACUGGACCAUUUGCAACGCUGAUAUUCUAAAUCACUGGAACUGGACUGAUUCAAAGCGAUCCGUUUUGCCUAUAUAUAAGAAACUCAUUGCCGGAGGAUAUAGAGUUUGGGUUUAUAGUGGCGAUACUGACGGAAGAGUUCCGGUACUCUCGACAAGGUACUGCAUAAAUAAACUGGAAUUACCAAUCAAAACAACUUGGAGGCCAUGGUAUCACGAGAAACAGGUAAGUGGAUGGUUUCAAGAAUAUGAAGGUCUAACGUUUGCAACCUUCAAAGGAGCAGGACAUGACGUGCCUACGUUCAAACCCAGCGAAUCUCUUGCGUUUUUCUCUGCCUUUCUCAAUGGAGUUCCUCCCCCUUUGGCGCGAUAAAGACAAACUAGUUAUGAAGAAUUGAAGACUAUAAUAAAUUUUAUAUGCAUUU